AUGUAUUGGCCGGUGUGUUUGAAUCCGAAACUGAAACCGAAGGGGAGCGAGGUGAGCGAGGAUCGUAAGACGUUCACGAGCUCGAAAGGGUAUCGCACGUGCGCGGCGUCGCACGGAGUUCGAUGCGGUGCGUUUUAUUAUGAGAUUACGAUUGCAUACUUGGGGGAGAGCGGACACGCCAGAGUGGGGUGGAAGUCGAAGAAGGGCGAGGCGAACGCGCCCGUCGGAUUCGACAAGUUUGGGUACGGGUACAGGGACGUGGGUGGGGAGAAGGUGCACGAAUCGACGCUGGCGCCUUACGGCGAGCCUUUUAAAGAGGGCGAUGUCAUUGGGUGUUACAUAUUCGUCGAAGAGAUGAAGAUGAAAAGCCUCAAGAAGGAAGAAAGCGGCGACGCCCCCGAACCCGCUAACGCGAGUUUCGUCGCCUUCUCGCGAAACGGGACGUUUCAAGGCAAGGCGUACGUGGGUCUGAACGACGACGACGGCGCGUACUUUCCCGCGGGUUCACUCUUCACCGCCCCGGACGUGGAGCCGGCGAAGUUGGUGUUUAAUUUCGGACCAGAUUUCCAACAUCCACCGGACGCCGAGGCGUGGGACGUGCCCGCGCCGCGACCGAUGAGUGAUUUAGAUCCACCCCGACCGACGCCUGAAAUUAAACUCGAACCAUCGCCGGAGGAGACCGCGGUGAUUGUCGAAGCGCCGAACGCUGAAGAAGAGACGCACGCCGCCACUAGCACGUAG